AUGGACUCAUCAGAGCCACUGUCCGCCCUAUCGGACGGCCGACUCGUCUUACCCCCGGCCCCCCCGGCCCCCGCCCCGACUCAUGUAAUUGCCCCAUUUGAGGCGCUCCUGAUUGUUUGGGCAGCAAUAGCCCCCUCCGUGGGACAUGUAAAUGCUGCGUCCCCUAAUCGCCUGCUGGCCGCUGGGUAUCGGUCAGAUGGUCUGGGAUGGACGUUCCGCCUGCGUAGCCAAUCAGAAAGCCUCCUGCAAAUGUUCUCAUUCUUCGGUCCUCUGACGGCCAGGAGGUUUGGCGGUGGACACGAGUGCUACCUGUGGCCAGGUCUACGGAAGGCCAUGGGUUCCAGCGUUCCGCUCCUCCUCCUCUUCCUCCUCUUCCUCCUCCUCGCUCUGCUGCCGCUCGCCUGGCCCUGCACGCCUCAGAAAGCUGACUACGUGAUGGUGUCGUGUUUCCCCAACACCAUCAUAGCCCACGUGCCUGAGUGUCCGUACGGGUGGGAGAUCGCCCAGCUCUCUCUGGGAGGGAUCUGCUACAACGGGGUCAACAGCCCCGGAUACUAUCGCUUCGCCAUCCCAGACCUCACGCCCAGAAACCACUCUUACUGCGGCACACAGUCAGAGUAUAUCGGAGGCAAGGACCCAAAGUACGUGUUCUACAACUCCAUCGUGUCCAACGACUCGUCCCUGACGGUGCGCAACCAGCCGGUGAACUACACCUUCAGCUGCACCUACCGCGCCGCCUACCUGGUCAACAACGCCGUCUUCAGCCAAAGAGUGGCCACCGUCUACGUCAACAACGGCAGCGUCGGCUCCUUCAAAUCUCAGCUGUCCAUGAACGUGUUCACGAACUCUAAGUUCCUGUAUGCCAAAGACGCUCCGUAUGUGAUCGACACGUCAGAGAUCGGCUCCGAGGUCUUCAUCGGCAUCGAGGCCAAGGGCCUGAGCAACAGGUUUAAGGUUGUGAUCAGUAACUGCUGGGCCACACCCUCCCCCUACUCUACAGACAAGAAGCGGUGGAGCCUCAUCAUCAACAGCUGCCCCUCGGACAACACGGUCACCAUAUUUGACAACGCCAAAGACAGCCGCUCCACCUUCAAGUUCAACUCGUUCCGCUUCCAGCGUCUGGACAAGGUCUCCACCGUCUGGCUGCACUGCGACGUCCAGCUGUGUGACGGGGAGAAGCUCUACUGCCAGCCUAUUCCGUGUACUGCGCGAAGUGUUCGUUCUGAUCCAGAACUCUCUGGAGGAAUCCUGACCACGGAGUUCCACGUUAGAGGUGUGUAUUUGUACGUGGUGUGUGUCGUCUUUGUGAGUUUACUGUGGAACUUCAACAACCUGCCAAGACUACUGUGA